AGAAGUACAUUAAAGUAACUGUUGGGGAUGGCAUUAGAAUAAAAAUCUUAUAAUUGAAAUAAACGUUUGAUAACAGUGUAAUAUAUGAGAAGUGAUUAAUUAAUGUUAGGGAAUGCUAUGAUAAAAAGAGACUUUACCGACUCAAGCGGGUGAGCGUGCGCGGAACUGUGAUUGCAGUGCUCGGCGAGGGAGGAACAAGGAGUCUCAGUCCCUAACAGAAGAUGCGGGUCGUCGGAUUGAUAUCAGGUGGGAAAGAUAGCUGUUAUAAUCUGUUGCAGUGUGUUGCUGCUGGACACGAAGUUGUUGCCUUGGCAAAUCUAUCUCCAUGUCAUACAGACGAACUUGACAGUUAUAUGUAUCAGAGUGUGGGGCACAUGGGUGUUGGAAUGUAUGCCGAGGCUGUUGGUGUACCCCUGUUCCGCCGUAAUAUAGAGGGAUCUUCCCUGAACACCACAACCAUAGCAUAUACCCCAACUGAGGGAGAUGAAGUGGAGGAUUUAUUUUUAUUGCUGAAAGAAGUCAAGGAAAAAUGUUCAGUCGAUGCAGUUAGUGUUGGUGCUGUCCUCUCUGAUUAUCAAAGAGUUCGGGUUGAAAAUGUAUGCAGCAGACUUAGUCUUGUUUGUAUGUCUUUCAUGUGGCGUCGGGACCAGUCAGAAUUGCUUCACGAAAUGGUUGAAUGUGGCGUAGAUGCAAUAAUUAUUAAGGUAGCUGCUCUUGGCCUUGAACCAAAAAAACAUCUGGGAAAAUCAAUCCAUCAAAUGCUUCCAUACUUAGAAAAAAUGAAGGAGAAGUACCGAUUAAAUGUAUGUGGUGAAGGAGGUGAAUAUGAGACCUUCACUCUUGACUGCCCUAUUUUCAGAAAGCGUAUUGUUGUGAAGGAAAUUGAAUUGGUGGAAUCCUCUGCAGAUGUGGGAUACCUUAAUUUCAAAGCAUUGGAGCUUGUGGAUAAAGGAAUAGUAAGUAUGAUACACUAA